GAAACAAACAGAUUGCAAAGUGUGAAUCAGUGAGAGGAGGAGAUCAGGAUGGACUGAAUAAGCCAUUUGUUUGUCGCUCCGUUGUCCUCCCUGGCCUGAAUUUGUGCUCUGUGCCUGGCAUCCAGGGCCUGAUGAUGCAGGGACUGGGGAAGACGGAAAGAGGAGAGCAGGGCCGCGACAUCGAUUUGGCAUCAAUGAGGUCAACCAUGCCAGCAAGCGGCCCUCUGCAGGGAGGUUCCACCUCUAACUUGAACAUGAACCUGUAUGCUACCAAGAAGACAGCAGCUGAAGGCAUGCUGGACAUCGCUCUGUUCCUGGCUAAUAUCACACACAUGAAGACUGUCAUUGAACAAGGGGCAGGAUAUAGGUACUAUGCUGCUGUGCUGACGCUCAUUUCCUUCUCCCUGGCUCUUCAGAUAGUGGCCGGAGUCCUGAUUAUCAUAAUUGCUCGUUUUGAGCUGACACUCCUCCCCUCCUGCCGACGAUGGUUGAACUUCCUGAACAAUCUGGUCACUGGCAUCAUCUUUCUUACCCUCCUUAUAAACAUCGUCAAAGCUGCGUUCGGCACACAACGCAGCUGUCUUCUGCGGUGGCUGUUUCAACGCUUUAUCUUAUGACUUAACUGACAUACCAUAUGUAUGUUGAUUAAUAGACAUAAUAUCAUACUUAAACUUCCAAUGAAAAAUGUAGCAAAAGCCCCUAACAACCCAAAAGAUGCAGGCUCUCACUAAUUAAUGCAAAUAAUUAGGUUUAAAUUGUAGCUUGUAUUUUACACAUCUAGUAUGUCGCUGCAACCAGUAGCUAAUUAGCUUAUCACUUUAGAAAAACAGAGCCUCAGCUUACCCCGUUAUUCCUCAUCAGUUUAUAGAAGUGAAAAGACGCUACCAGCUAAUUUACAGUUGGCAUUAGCCACAUAUUUAAAAAAAGAAAUAAAAGGCAACAUUUAUUUAAAAAUGUUUUGCUUAAAUGAAACUCACGGAUUUUAUACAGUAUGUCACUUUAUACAGUCUAUGAUGUAUCACUAAAAUAAUUAGCUGAUUUGCGUAGCAUAGAGCAAAACAAAUUGUUUUUAGCUUUGCUAACUUGCCAUUACCUUUAGCUGUAUUUUUAACAAAGUAACAUUUAUUUAUUUUAUUUAUUAUCACAACCAGUAGCUGAUUUGCUUAGCAUAGAGCUAACCUUAAUUUUAAAAAUAAUGACUUUUAGAGAGAUAGAGAUUGGGUCACUAGUUAACAGUUUUAAGUAUUUUGUUUAAGUAAAGUACUAGUAUAAAGAAGCUCACCAAUAUUUAAAACUUAAAGUUCAGUGACUAGUCGUCAGACUUUCUAUGCUUGUAGCUUUUGCCAAAUAUUUUACAAAUAGAUAUGAAAGCUGCUCUCAUAUAAAUCUCAGCCUUUAAACAAUUUUACAAAGAAAUGCUGUUUUUUUCUGUAAAUGCAGUUUAUUCCUAAUAGAUAAAUGUAAUAAAAUGUUACAUAUUGGAAUAUGAUUCAUUUAUCGUUUUCAACUAAAAGUAAGUUUGAGCCUAUUUACACCAAGAUAUUGCUUUCAGAAGUAGUCUAUAGAGUCCAUUCUGUCGAAAAUAUCACUUAGACAACACAGAGGCUGGAGGGGUGUAUGACUGGAUUGUAUGAAUGCCUGGAAAGAGUAAUAGUGAGAAUGUAGGCAUCAACUGUAUGUGUGUGUGUGUUUGGUGGUAAUGUGGGAAAUUAUUCGUGGUGUCUGGGUGUGUGUGUGUGUACGUUGUAGCCCGCAGGGACCUGAACGUGGUGACCAAUCAGAAGCGGCUCGACUACCUGAACAACGUCAC